AUGGCGGAUUCUCGACCCGACAUUCAGAGCAUUCUGGCUGCCCUCGCGUCGCAGCGGCCCCCGACGGCGACCCCUACCCAGACACCACCUGGCGCUCCCAGCCAGGCAUAUCCUCCCCCGCCCGGGUCUGCGCAGCCUGUGUCCGCAUACCAGCCGCCCCCUCCGAAUUCUGGCAGCUAUGGCGCACCUGGCUACAAUGGUCUCCCCGCACCAUCAUCCAGUGGAAACCUUGAUUUGAGCUCGAUCCGACCUGUCAACUCGGGAACAUUGAGUAUCGCUGAUGCAAUUGCCCAAGCCAAGGCUUACGCCGCCGAAAAGGGAGUCACAUCUUACGACCGACCCCUCGUCUAUGCCCCUGAAUCCCGAGGACCCGACCGAGGAUACAAUCGCUCACGAUCUCGGUCCCCUGCCCGCGAUGAGUUCCGUGACGGCGUGAACCCUUACAGAGAUGAGCGGCGUGGUGGCGACCGUGGUUCUCACGGUCGAGGCUAUGAUCGGGAUCGUUCUUAUUCUCCCAAUUCUCGUGGUCGCAACUUUUCUCCUCGAGGAGGAAACGGACGCGAGAGAUCUCCACUGCGAGGAGGAGGAGGAGAUGACAGUUCCGAAACCAUUCAGAUUGAAUCCAGUCUGGUCGGUCUUAUUAUUGGCCGACAGGGAGAAAACCUGAGACGCAUCGAAGCGGACUCUAGCUGCCGCGUUCAAUUCUUGGCUGCCACUGAUGGCGGUCCAUUUAGACAAUGCAAGAUCUCCGGACCGAGACAUCGUCGUGCUGAAGUGAAAGACGCAAUCAACCGCAUCAUAGAAGACAGCGGAAUGGGUGCGCUCAACCGCCCUGAAAAGCCCCGCGACCCGAACAAGGGCGGCGCGACUGCUCUGCGUGAAGGAGAGGACCACAUGCAAAUCAUGGUGCCCGAUAGGACGGUUGGUCUCAUUAUCGGACGUGGUGGUGAGACUAUUCGCGAUCUCCAAGAACGCUCGGGUUGCCACAUCAACAUUGUUGGUGAAUCCAAGAGUGUGAAUGGACUACGACCUGUCAAUCUUAUUGGCACACCUGAAGCUGCUGCACGUGCCAAGGACUUUAUCAUGGAAAUUGUUGAUAGUGACAGCCGAGGGGACGCGCCACCACCUGUGAAGAGGUUGGGCGGCGGCGGAGGUGGUGGUGGACCAGCUCCCGCUGCCCGUCAUGACGCUCCUCAGAGGGAUAUGGGGGGUUCUGGUGGCCCUGACAAGAUCAACGAUGCUGUGUAUGUGCCUUCGGAUGCGGUAGGUAUGAUUAUCGGCAAGGGUGGCGAAACAAUCCGUGAGAUGCAGAACACUACAGGCUGUAAGAUCAAUGUCGCCCAGUCCUCUGGCCCUGGUGAGACCCAGAGGGAGAUCGCCUUGAUCGGAUCCCGCGAUAGCAUUGCCCGAGCCAAGCUGGCCAUCGAUGAAAAGGUGGACGCAGUGCGUCAGAAAGGAAGCGGCCCACGUGGUGGUGGAGGUGGCGGCGGCGGUGGUCGUGGACAUCAAGACCUCGACAGGCCCAGCUAUUCUCAACAGCAGGCUCCUAGUGCUCCUACUAACCAACCUCCUCAACCAGCUCCAGCUGACGGAGCGGACCCAUAUGCACAAUAUGGUGGCUACCAAAAUUACCUCGCGUUGUGGUAUCAGUCUUUGAUGUAUCAACAGCAGCAAGGCGGACAAGGUGCCCCUCCUGCCGGCGCUCCUGCACCUGGGGCAUAG